UGAUUAAUGACAAAAUUUUCGUUUUGGGGUGGAGUAUCCCUUUAAACAUACAAUCAGGAAGUAUGAUGCAGAUGAUGGUGUUGAUUAGAGAAACAGUCAGUAUUCAGUGGAUGCUGUCCUCUGGUGGCAGGGAAGUUGGAUGACAGACUCAGAUGACAUUAUGUUACAUCUGUAGGCUGAAAGACAGAACCCAGAGGGAGACACAUUCAUGGAUGGCCUGCCUUUGUGCCAUUACACUGCCGGCAGCCUCUCUGCUCCUCCUGCAUUAACUGUGCCCAUGCCGUGCCUUUCUCCGCAUGAUGGCAGCUCUACGGAAGCAGCUGCACAGAAAAGAAGACAGUAUGGGAUGGAUUCAGGGGAGUGGAGUCAGUGGAAGAGUGAGUUCAGAGGGCAGAUCAGGGCUCUGAGACACUGGCUGAAGAGCAUGGAGAAGAGACUCCCUCCACCGGAUCCUGCUCUGCAGAAUGAUGGUCAGUCAAGUUCAGACCAGGAAUCAAGUCUAGAUCAAUGGAAGGAUGGCAAAAGUGUUUUGGCUCUGAAAGAUGAGUUCAGGGAUCCGCCGAAAUUCCUGCAAAAUCUGGAGAUGCUGUUGACAUGGGUCUGUGAGAUUGAGGAGCUGACAGCCAAUCAAAAACCACCAUCCUCAGAGUUUAAAGUGGUGAAAGCCCAACUGCAAGAACAAAAGCUCUUACAGCGCUUCCUGGAGGACAGGAGACCCAGUAUGGAGACCAUGAUGCAGGAGGGUCCACACCUGGCAGAGGGGCUUCUGGGAAAUGAUGGUGAAAAGACCAAAGUGCAGCUUGCACAGCUCAAACUCAAGUGGGAGGCUCUUCUUCAGGGCACCAACAGCAGACACAAGAUUCUGGAGGACAUUCUGCCAAGAGCUCAGCUAUUCCAGGAGAGGACAGACAGACUUCAGCAAUGGCUUAUAUCUGUGGAUCAGGACUUAGCUGAGCUCCGCUCCGCAGAGAGAGGGAUGCUCCAUCUACAAGAAGCUGCAGGACAGGCCAAGGUGGUCAUGGAAGAGAUAAAAGCCAAGAGUGUCGACCUGGGGAAACUCCAACAAUGUGCUCAUGAGCUCAUGGAAAAGAUUUCAGAGGAGGAAACCCAGCUGGUGCAGGAGCGGGUGGACAGUCUGCGUAUCCGGUACUCAGUGAUGAGUCUGGGUAGUGCUGAUGUCCUGCAGAGGCUGGAACAGGCUUUGGAGGCAUCUAGUCGAUGUACCUCUAGUCAAGAAGACCUCCAUCUGUGGCUUGGUCGCAUUGAGAGAGAGUUGCUGGCUCCUGCUGCCCAGGCUGAGACUGGGGAUGCAGUCUUGUGUUCUUCUGAGAGGCAGAAGCUGGAACAGGCUGUUGAGAAAGAGUUGGCUUGGUUUAAAGACACCUCACUGGCACUGAAGGAGCUCAGAGCCAUUAAUCUGGACCCAGAUGUCAUUGCAUCCCAGCUCAAUGAGCAGAAAAUACUUGCUGUAGAGAUUCUGCAGCACAAGUUUAACAUUGAGAAAAUGGUGAAGAUCUUGGAACUCCUGCAGACAUACACUGAGGAUGGGGAGACACUGAGACUCCAGUCAUCCAUAGACACUUUACUGGAGCAGUGUCAGGUCACUACUGCCACUAAUUCGCAUGUCGUGCUUCAGCUGGAGCAUGCUCAGUCGCUCUUGUCUCAGUUCUCAGAGGGCUAUACUGAGGUGUUACCAUGGUUACAGGAAACCAAAGCCCUUAUUGGCCAGUUUACGCUGAACACCAUCAGCUACGAGGCUUUCCGAGAACAGCAGGACCUCUUACAGGGCAUCAGGGAGUCCAUAGCAGAGCAUAAGCCGCUGAUAGCACGGCUGAUCAUGCUGGCCCAGCGUCUAUCAGACCUAAAUACAGCUCAGGGACAGGAGUUCUGCCAGAAAGCCAGGGACACUGAAGAGCAGCACCUGGCCAUCAGAGACAGGGUUCGAGAAGCUGCUGGAGUACUGGAGGAGUCUCUGCCCCGCUAUACACAGCUGAAUGAGAGGAUGACUCUGAUUGGAGAGAGACUGGAGCGUCUGUGUAGUCACUUGCAGGCCUCAAUGGCUCUUCAAGGCCUCACCCCACGAAUUCAGGAGCAGCUACAGGACAACAAGCACACAUUGUCUGAGCUCUCCAAAAUGGAUCUGGACCUCAGCAGUGUGAGGACACAGGCUCAGGAGCUCCUGACCAACACAGGGGCUCUUGGGGACAGUUCCAUUGGCACAGCUAUUCAACAGCGGGUUUGCAGUCUAACAAGCCGCUGGGAGGAGGCUCAAAGGCAAGCUCAGGAGAGGGAGAAGUGGCUUCUCAAUCUCCUGGAUCUGGCAGUCAGGUUCUGGAAUGACGUGAGUGACAUGACAGCUGGACUGAAUGAUGCCCAGCAAGCUGUUCUGGACCUCAACUCCAGUCGAUCAGAUUCAGAAACCAUCCGACAGAGCCUGGAGACCAUGCAGACACUCAGGGAGGACAUUGAUUCUCUGCAAGGUGACCUGGACACACUGGGAAUUCUGGGAAUGGAACUCAUGUCAGCUUGUGGUGACACAGACAAGCCAGAGGUCACCAAAAGUUUGGAUGAGCUUUAUGGCACGUGGAACAAUCUCAGUAAGAUCUGGACAGAGUGCAAUAGUAAAUUAGAAGAAUGUUUACGAAUGGCUCUUCAUUAUCAGGACAGCAUGCAGGGACUCUUUGAGUGGCUGAAGUCUGCAGAGCUGAAAUCCACCGAGGAGUUCUCAGUGGGAUCUGACCUGGGAUCAGUUAAAGAACAGCUGUGUAACCUGAAGGAAUUUAAGCGAGAGCUCUAUCAGAAGAAGAUCGAGAUUGAAAGUCAAAAUCAUCGCUUUGUGUGUCGUCUUUCGCCGGGCACUGAGCGGCCUGGGUCCAUCUCUCCACUAUGCGACUUCCGUCAGCGAUGGGACAACUUGGAGUCAGAGACUGUCAGCAGACAGCACCAGUUGGAGUGUGCACUGCUGGGCUUGGGUCAGUUCCAGAACACUCUUGAUGAGUUGCACGCCUGGCUCUCCCACACAGCUGACCUACUGCAAGCCUUUCAGCCAAUCAGCAUCGACUUGCAAACCUGUGAGAUAGAGCUAGCCAAGCACAAGGUUCUGUGGAAUGAUGUGAUGUCCCAUGUGCACACGGUGGACUCUCUGAACCAGGCAGGCAGAAACCUGAUGGAGUCUGGGGCGGGAGACAGUACACAUGUCCUGCAGACUCGUCUGGAACAGCUGAAUGAACGCUGGGAAUUUGUGCGCUGUGAGACAGAGCGCAGACAGCUAGAGCUGGAAAAUAACCUCAGUCAGGUUCAGGACGUAUCCAUGGAGAUCCAGGAUCUCCUGCAGUGGCUGGAACACACAGAUCUGAGGCUGUCUUCCAGUAAGACGGUGUGGGGAAUGCCAGACUCUGCCAGCGAGAGACUGAGCGCUCAUUUGGAGUUGUGUAAUGAGAUGGAUUCUAAAAUGCACGCCUACACAAAUGUUCGCAACGCCAUCCACAGGAUGCUGGAGGGCAGUGAAGUGGCCCGGGGCUCCAGCACGGAGCAUAGCUUAUGCAUGCUGGAGCAGAAAUGGAGCGCUGUCUAUGCUAAAAUGCAAGAAAGAAAGGCAAAGUUAACAGAGGGCCUUGGUCUUGCCAAGGAGUUUAACAGUAACGUCCAGGACCUGCUGACCAAAAUGGCCAAGUGUGAGGAGACCAUAAACACUCUGCCUGCACCCAGCUUCAUCCUGGACACCGUCUGCGCUCAGCUUCAGGAGCACAGGGUGCUGGUAGGUGAGGUGCAGUCUUACGGAGAGAGGAAGAUGAGCCUGGAGACCGCUGCCACGCGUCUGUCGGAGCUCAGCAGGAAGGAAGACUGCGAUGUGGUGCAGAACCUGAUCAUGACCGUUCAGGACCGAUACAAGAAACUCCUCCAGCACACCACAGACAGGGGGAAAACACUCGAGGACGUCAAGAGACAUGCUAAACAGUUCAGUGAAUCAUGGCACUUGCUGGUGGACUGGAUGACGGAGGUUGAGCAGACGCUGGACACACACAAAGAGAUCGCAGUGUCACAGGAAGAGAUCAAACAGCAGCUCACUGAACAAAAGGAGUUCCAGAAGCUGCUCCGCUCGAAGCGGCCGAUGUACGAGGCCUGUCUGAAGAGGGGCCGCUCACUGCAGGAGAAAGCCCAGGGUCCUGAAGACCGCAGCAGCUGGAGAACAUGGUGUCUGAGCUCAGGGACUCAUGGGACACCAUCAGCGCAGCACAAGCUGGAAGAGGCUCUGCUGUUUUCAGGCAGAUUCACUGAUGCUCUCCAGGCUCUUAGUGACUGGCUGUACAGAGCCGAGCCACAGCUGGCUGAAGAUGUGCCUGUCUGUGGUGAAAAAGACCUGGUCAGCAAUCUGAUCGACAAGCACAAGGUGUUCCAGCGGGAGCUCGGGAAGCGUGCCAGCUGUAUCCGCACACUGAAGCGCUCGGUCAGGGAUCUGACGCGGAGCAGCACGGCCGAUGCCCACUGGCUGCAGGAGCAGAUGGAGGAGCUGGAGGGCCGCUGGGAGGCCGUGUGUAAACUCUCUGUGUCCAGACAGACUCGACUAGAGGCCGCGCUGCAGCAGGCGGAGGAGUUCGAUAGACUGGUUCACUCGUUCCUGGAUCAUCUUUCGGAUGUUGAGAGGGUCCUGAAGUACGGAGUGCUGCCUGAGGAAGAGCAGGCUCUUCUGGCAUUUCAUACCUGUCACCAGGAGUCGAUGAGCUCCCUAAACACUCAGCAGACGGCGCUAGAAAACAUUCGCAAACUGGGCGAGGAGAUUCUGUCCUCCUGCCAUCCAGACUCUGUCAUCACCAUCAAAUCAUGGAUCAGCAUCACAAAGACUCGCUAUGAAGAGGUCCAGACGUGGGCGAAGCAGCAGGCCGAGAGGAUCCAGACCACACUGUCUGCUCUCGGGGCAGAGAGAGAGGAGAUCCAGCGAUUACUGGACUGGAUCUCCUCCGCUGAGCAGACUCUCAGUCUGAAGGAGCAGGAGCCGCUGCCUGAGGACCCAGAGCUCACUGCAGAUCUCAUCACGCAACACACGGAUUUCAUGGAUGAGAUGAAAGGGAAGGUACCAGAAAUUGAAAACGCCACAAAGUCCUGUAAACACAAGCUGGUUCCCAAGCAGCAGGUUUCUCCCAGUCGCAGGGCACCAGCAAAGAGGAGAGGCACAGUGAAGCCCCCGCCGUCUGUUCCACUUCCACUGGAGAAACUGGACCCUCAGACCCCCGUGAUGUGUCAGCUGGUGAGUCAGUGGAGGAAACUCUGGCUCCUGGCCCACGGCAGACAGAGCAGACUAGAGGAACACCUGCAGAGGCUGAAAGAGCUGGAGGAGUUUGCUAAUUUUGACUUCAACAUCUGGCGGAAAAGAUACAUGCAGUGGAUAAGUCACCUCAAAUCCCGGAUACUGGAUGUUUUUCGUAGCAUUGAUCGAGAUCAGGAUGGCCGGAUCACUCACAAGGAGUUCAUCGACAGCGUUCUGGCCUCUAUAAAGGGACGCACAAACCUGAAGAUAAAGGAGAAGUAUCUCUCUCCGGACGGGUUCGAGGCGUCGGGCCGCAGAGGCAGUGCUAAAGGCCUGAGCGUCAGCAGAUCCAACUCCAGCCUGAGUUUAUACAGCAGCGCUUCGGCUCCCAGCAGCCCGCUGACACGCAAGAAGAAGCAGAAAGACCACCAACAUGACCACAUCUUGUCCUGUACCAUGAGCUCAAGCAGGCAGGCGUUCCUGAUCCGCAGGAUGGACAGAAACCGCCCGAGCAGGCCUCAGAUCAGUGGGCACGCUCAGACACAGCUCUCAUGGCUGGUCACUAGUGCUCUGAGGUUUGUAGUGUUUGAAGGGUCUAGAAUAUGA